UUUCUCUCUCCGCAGAUGCUGCCGGGCCCGGUGUAUUUCUGUAGCAAUUUCUGUGUUUUGCCUCUAAUUUCCAGCACCCGCAGGUCUUCACUUCUACGCACGUUGGCAAAGGAAAACACAGGGCGGUCGGCGCACGCACUUCAUGGAAAGUCACCGAUGAGUGGUGGACAGGAAGUGACGUUCCAAGGACGGCGGUUGCUGGGUAACGGGACCGGAGAUGACAUUUCGGCGACCGGCGGUUGCCCUGUGACGAACUCUCCCUCAUUGCUCGAGCUGGCCGUCAGCAUGAAUCGUUCGGGGGAGGAGCGGGGCGUCGCGGCCUACGAGCGGCACGUUUCCAGAAACAGUUGCCUUCACCACUACCUGAAGGUUGGCCUAGAGUUCGGGGAAACGAGGCCUGGGUUCAGGCUGAACGCCGCCCACUUUAAACAGUUGAUCGUUUUGGCGCUUAAGGAUUUGCACGGAGAGUUUGGAGCUGCCUUACCUGUUGAUGUAUUGAGAUUUGAAGAAGAAACAUUGACGGCUAUACUGAGAGUAAAAAGCAGUGGCCUUGUGAAGCUGUGGAGUGCACUGACCCUCCUGGGAUCUUAUCAAAAUCAGAAGUGUGCUUUCACAGUGAUGCAGGUUUCGCCAUUUCUUCUUGCACUAUCAAGUGACAGUAGAGAAUUUGUGUUAAACUGAAGUCAUUGACAAUUAGCAGGUGUUUAAAGUGACCUGCUCUUAGAAAUGCCUUUUUGUGCUCAGAGAGUUAUUCUUAGUAUCUUUCAGAGCCCAUUAAAGAUGGGUCACU